AUGUACAAAUUUGGAGUUAACAUACAACUUGCUGUAAUUGCAAUGGGAUCUCUUUUUCCUGGUCUUCCAGAUGAAAUUGGGUGGGAAUGUCUGCUGAGAGUGAAGCUGAACUCUCAUCACAAUCUCAGGUGUGUCUGCAAAAGCUGGAACGCCGCUUUGAAAAGCCCCCACUUUUAUCAACAAAGAAAAAGAUUGAAUAUUUCCGAGCAAUGGAUUUGUAUGCUGCUGAAAAUAGAUGACAUUUGCAACAGAGUAGCGGUUUACGACCUGGAGAAGAACUCCUUUAAAUUUCUACCGCCCAUUCCGGCAGAAAUUAAGAACACCUUUCACUGCCAUUUUGUGAAACAAAAACUGGUUUUGAUCCCGGAUUUUUUUCUCGACACUGCAAGAAGUUAUGUGUGGUUGUACGAUUUUGCUUGUUUGAAAUGGCGACAGGGUGCGAAAAUGCCAAAAUGGUUGAAUGGAUUUGCCUCCGCAGCAGAUGAACACGGGGGACUGAUUUAUAUUGGUGGAGGGUUUGCACAGGGUUGCAUUUUCCGUAGGCUGUCCCGUAGCGCUUUUGUUUACAACGUGGAGGAGGACAAAUGGGAUGUUCUCCCCAACAUGAAUACCUCAAUGGAGUCCUCCAUUAGAGGUGUUUUUGCUGACGGCAAGUUUUAUGUAAUGGGAUAUUCUGGGUAUGGCACCUUUGACGUUUUUGAUUCCUACACGAGAAGCUGGAAAACUAUGGAGAACAGAUUCAACAGUUGGUGUUAUGUAUGUGUAUCUGGGCGCUUUUAUUGUUUGUCUGGUAGGGGAUUGAUUGAAUAUGACUAUACCCAAGAUGAGCUCCACUCUCUAGGGCCUAUUCUCACGCAAGAUUGGGCCCGAUCUAUUGAUUGGGCUCGAUCUAUUGACUUCGCUGUAGUGGUUAGCAAUAAAAUCUUUGUGAGCAAACGGAAUAUCAUUCAAGGUCAACAUUACUGGAUGAUCGAACCUCCAAGUGAGAGAGGAGGAACAUUCAAGUUGAUUAACACUUUGGGACCAUCGGAGCUCCAGGGUUCUACUAUACAUGUUGCUACCCUGGAUCUUUGA